AUGUUCACGUACACGGUCUCUGUCACCACUGGCAAACAGGAGUUUGCUGAGACGGUUAAUGAAAUAUACUUGACUCUGGUGGGCACGGAGAGAAGCAGUGACCGGACUCUACUGGACAAAUCUGUUGUUGACCAUUUUACAAGAGGAUCGGUGGUAUCUGUUGAGAUCAGAGUGAAGGAGGUCCUUGGAGACAUAGUGCUGGUGAAACUCGGGAAGGAGAAAAUCUUGAUCAGUGAUAAGUGGUUCUGCAGAUGCAUCAGUGUGACGACACCCUCUGGAGACUCCUUCGAGUUCCCCUGUUAUCGCUGGAUAGACAAGGAAAAGGAAGUGGUUCUUCGAGAUGGCAAGGAUCGAUUGCCUCAGGAUGAUAAUAUGAAAGAGUACAGGCGCAUGGAACUGGAAUCAAGACAACUGCUGUUCAGGUGGAAGGAGUGGCGCCCUGGUUUCCCCUUGAGCAUCGAUGCCAGUUCAAGCAAUGACCUUCAUUUGGACAUUCAGUUUGAAGCUGCGAAAUCUGUGGACUUCUCUUUGAAUUACAUUACAGCGAUUAGGAAUCUUGGACUUAAUAAAUUUUUGAAGUUGUCCUCUUGGAAAGAUAUUGCAGACUUUGAAAAAAUAUUUGUGAAAAUCAAGAACUCCGAGUCAGAGUAUGUGAUGCAGAACUGGAAUAAGGAUUACUUUUUUGGCUAUCAGUUUUUGAAUGGCUCCAAUCCGGUGAUAAUCAGCAAGUGCUUGAAUCUUCCAGACAAGUUUGCAGUCACACAGGAGAUGGUGGAGGGCUCCCUGGAUAGAGGUCUCACGCUACAGGAGGAAUUAAAAGCGGGAAACAUCUACAUAGCAGACUAUGCAAUAAUGGAGGGAGUGCAAGCCAAUGCCACAGACCCAGAUACCAAGCAGUAUUUGGCUGCUCCCUUCUGCCUGCUGUACAAGAACAGCCAGAAUGAAAUCCUACCAAUUGCUAUUCAGCUCAGUCGUCAGACCACUGUAGGAGUGGGGAACACAGUCUUUCUCCCAAGCGAUAAUCAGUUCGACUGGAUGCUAGCCAAGAUGUGGGUGAAAUACACUGACUUCACUGUACACCAGCUGGUCACACACCUUCUCAGGACACAUCUGAUAUCGGAGGUUUUUGCCAUAGCCAUGUACAGACAGCUCGCUGCAGUCCAUCCCGUAUUUAAGUUGCUGAUACCUCAUAUUCGUUUCACCAUUGCCAUCAACACUGCAGCUCGUGAAAAACUCAUCUGUAAAUCUGGGCUCUUUGAAAAGGCUAAUGGCACCGGUGGAAAUGGAAUAGUUGAAGUGAUUCAAAAGGCCAUGAAAACUUUAACCUACAAGUCCCUGUGCUUCCCUGAGGCCAUGAAAGCUCGAGGAGUGGACAACAAGGAAGAUCUGCCCAACUAUUACUACAGAGAUGAUGGCAUGAUGGUCUGGGAGGCGGUGAAAAGUUUUGUUUCUGAUGUGGUCAAGAUCUACUACAGCAGUGAUGAGACCGUUCAGGAGGACAAAGAGAUCCAGGCAUUUGUUCAAGAUGUUUGUUUCUCUGGUAUGAAGAAUUCUCCCAAGGAAUGUGAGUUUCCAAAUUCCCUGAAAACCCGGGAGCAGUUGGUCGAGUACUUGACUGUUGUGAUUUUCACAGCUUCAGCACAACAUGCUGCCGUCAACUUCGGACAGUAUGACUGGUUUUCCUGGAUCCCCAACAGUCCCUGCACCAUGCGGAAGCCUCCUCCCACACAGAAGGGCCAGGUGGAUAUGAAGUAUAUCAUGGAGAGUCUUCCGGACCGUGGGCGAUCCAGUUGGCAUCUAGGAGCAGUUUGGGCCCUCAGUCAGUACCAGGACGAAGAGCUGUUUUUAGGCGUGUAUCCAGAUAAGUACUUCACUGAGCAAUCCGUCAUAGAAGCCACUAAGACUUUCCGCAAGAAAUUAUUUGAAGUGACCAACAUCAUCAAGAGCCGAAAUGAAAAACUGAAACUGCCCUAUUGGUAUCUGUCUCCAGACAGAAUCCCCAACAGUGUGGCCAUCUGAGAGAGCAUCUAUGGUAAACAUUUCCAAAACACAUAGAUUUUUGCUAGUAUAUGCUUAGCAUCUAAAGGAAAUAUGCAGAAAAACUUGGCAGGAACGGUUUUAACUGGGCUAUUUGGAUCCACAUCACAACAUAAUUACAUAAAGAAAAUCAUUGCUACAGUAACUAUAAGAAUAUUAGUGAAAAUGGUAAUCUGGGUAAAAAAUUAAUACAAAUUGUUCCGAAAUAUUUCUUUCUAUAUAAAAUAAAAACAAAUAAAUGUGCAGUCAGCAUUCAGAGUAAUUGAAAUGUGAUUUAUGGAUUCUCAUCAGCAACAUUUGUGUGUUAAUGUAUUACUUCAAGAGAGCAGACAUCUGUGUUAUUUUCUGUUUUUUUUUUUUUUUUUAAUUCCAAAAGUAAUAAUCAUUACUUAUGAUUAAUGUAGUUAUCAUUUGAUCAUUUUGGUCACAAUUUAUUUUAAGAUCCAAUUCUGGCUAUUAAGUUUAGGUAUUGGGAUGUAGAAUAUGUUAAUAGUGAGAUUUGGUCCCUAAACCAAAUUGUUACUUUCAUUUUAUUACAUAUUAAUCAUUUAUUCCUUAUUUUAUGCUUCUUUAUCCUUAUUUUAAUUUUAUGACAGUGGGUUUCAUAACAUAAUAAGACUCGCUGUAUUUGUACUGAUUGUAUGAGCAUUUGAAACACAUGCAACUGAGAUUAUUCAAUAAACCAACAUUGCUCAUUUUUACCAUCACUUUUGUUUUCCACUUUCUGCUUAUUAUGGUCAAAUUCUCAGGCUAUUACAAGACUGAUAAAACACCUUUGGUGAACAGACAAGACUUGCUCUUUAUAGAUUUUACUAGUUUGGAUACCUCACAAAACAGAUAUUGUCUGAUAGGAUUUGACAUCUGAGGUUGGAAAUCUUCUUUAGAAAUCUAACAGUAAGACGAAUAAGAUAUUAUUUUGGCAUCGACACUAUAGUAUAUAAUGCUUGAGUGAUUGUAUAAUGGUUGAGUGAGUAAAUAAUGCUUGCGUGAGGAGGGAUAUUUCUAUUUUUAGCUACGUUUCCUCAAUCUCCUCCACUCUCAUUUUUAUAUCCUUUCAUUCUUGUAUCCUAAGAUGGAACUACUGUAGGAUAUAGGAUAUAUAUAUCGUCAUGUAUGCAAAUAUAUCUGUGGAGUUUUUAUUGAGCAGGAGUCAUUGACACGUCAAAUCAGCAAUAAGCAACUUUCUCUGUGUGUGUACCUUUGGACACAGAUAAUUAUAAUGUAAAUAAUAAAGAUAUAAAGUAAACAAUUUGUUCUAAGGGCAUACUAACACUAGGCACAGUUGCCUCGUACUGAAGUCCAAACGUGAUUGUCCUUUCUUUAACUGAGAUAUCAGAGGAUUAUUACGGGGCAGCUGAGGUUAAUGGUGGAAUUUGCAGCUUUACUUGCAAACUACAUUACUGUCAUUAAUAAGACGAGAACCAGAUACAUUAUGAAUCUAAAUGUUCUUGAAUUGUGGUUCAAAGGGGUUAAUUUUAUUUUUUUAGGCUUGAUUGUGUUUACGGGAUGCAGUCUAUUUUUUUUUCUUUUUAUUGUGGAUUGACUUGCACAGAUAAAUUGUUCACCACAAAAAUAGCAAUGUGCAUUAACAAAAUAAAUAUAGUUCAUUUUGAUUUCAUGUGUACUUUAAUGGUUUGCUUUUUUAAAAAGAUGCAUUAUUUUUUAACGGUGUCCUUUGAGAUUUUUAAAGCCUUGCUGUUCAAGUUUCAGCAUGCUGCAAAAUUAGCUAGAUCCAGGUAUUUUUCGGAUUUAAUUGCCACAUAUCUUCAUAGGCCUAAGAUUUUAUUUCCCAUGAUUAAUUCAAUAAUUAAUCUGAGUUGCCAGUAUCCAAGUGUUGAUAAAUUCAUCUUUGGAUGCUGGGUUAGUGCCAAAAAUUUUUUUAAGCAUACUGCUAUUCAACCUUUGCUUAAGAAACAGGGUUUGGAUGAGGGUUCUUUAAAUAAUUGUCACCCUGUCUCUAAGCUGUCUUUCUUGUCAAAGUUGUUUGAAAAAGUUGUACAACCACAAUUGAUCCUGUUUUUAAAUUCAGCAAAUUUAUUGGAACCUUUCCAAUCUGGCUUCGCUGCUUAUCAUAGCACACAGUCUGUUUUGUUAAAGGUAUCUAAUGAUAUUUUACUUGCAGUUGAUGCUGGUAAAAAUGCUGUUUUAAUGUUACUAGUUCUUACAGCUGCAUUUGAUACAGUUGAUCAUGAUGUACUUCUUUGGUGUUUAGAGCAUUUGAUUGGUAUCAAAGGUACCGCCUUACAGUGGUUCACUUCAUAACUUAGAGACUGGUCCUUUUCUGUAUAAUUGGGCAAAUUUUUCUCUUCUUCAGCACCUAUUAUUAGUGGUGUCCCUCAGGGUUUUUUUUUUUUUUGAUAUGUUAUAUUCUAUAGCCUUAUAAUUUAUGUUUGUUUUAUUUAAUUAUUUAAGUGUAUUCAAGGAGUCUUGUACUCAUUUUUAUGUAUUGUCAAGGCAUUUUGUUUCUGCCUUCCCUGUUUUAACUUGUAAAGCAUUUUGGGUCAACUGUUGUUCGGUUAAAUGUGCUAUACAAAUAAAAUAACUUGACUUGA